CCUUCCCGCUCCGCCCUCGUUUCCUACCGGAGUGUUGAGGCCGCGGACCGAGCGCUGUCGGAGCGUUGUGUGCGCUGCACCGCGGCCCAGAGGUCCCCUGAAGGGCUGAGGGACAUGGCGGCCGUGGGACGUGUCGGCAUCCAGCGGUGCGCUGUGCUGGGCUGGAGGCCCAGCGCUGUGAUUUCCCCUCCUGCUCGGCUGCUCCAUCAGACACCCCCAGCCCAACAUGCAGACAGCUCCGUCCAAGCGCAGCCCAAGAGCUCAGCUGUCGUCCCCAAGAAAUCCUACGUCCCCACAAGCAAAGGGGAAUACAUCGUCACCAAGCUGGAUGACCUGAUCAACUGGGCACGGAGGAGCUCCCUGUGGCCGAUGACGUUCGGCCUGGCGUGUUGUGCUGUGGAGAUGAUGCACAUGGCAGCUCCACGUUACGACAUGGAUCGCUUCGGGGUGGUGUUCAGAGCGAGCCCCCGUCAGGCUGAUGUCAUGAUCGUGGCGGGUACCCUGACAAACAAAAUGGCUCCAGCCCUGAGAAAGGUCUACGAUCAGAUGCCGGAGCCUCGCUAUGUGGUGUCCAUGGGAAGCUGUGCCAAUGGUGGGGGUUAUUACCACUACUCCUACUCCGUGGUGAGGGGCUGUGACCGCAUUGUACCAGUGGACAUCUAUGUACCAGGUUGCCCACCCACUGCUGAAGCUUUGCUGUACGGAAUCUUGCAGCUGCAGAAGAAAAUCAAACGUGAGAAGAAGAUUCAGAUCUGGUAUAGGAAAUAACCUCUUAUUUAUGAGCUCCCACUCACUGCCUGCGGCACCUACUUGCUUUCUACGCACAAAGAUAUAUCUGUUCUCACAGGCCUUCCAAUAAAACUGGACGUGGUUCAGAUGC